AUGACGAACGCCUUGGAAGAGGCCCUGGAGAAAGCAGGCGGACAUGGCAAGGCGGAUGAGGGAGAGUCGGUUUCGACCUUCGUGGCCUCGCUGGCGACGGCCUUUAUCGUCUUCGCAGUCGAGUUCUGCCUCUUUAUCAUACUCAAAGGCAAAUUGACUCGUAUCUAUCAACCACGUACAUACCUUGUGCCGGAUCGUGAACGUACUGCACCAUCACCCCCGGGUCUCUUUCGUUGGGUGGGUCCAGUCUUUCGAACAUCCAGCGCCGAAUUCAUCCAAAAAAGUGGGUUGGAUGCGUACUUCUUCCUGCGGUAUUUACGCAUGCUAUUGAAGAUCUUCCUUCCUCUUGCAUUCAUCCUACUACCAGUACUACUCCCUAUCAACCGUGUGGGUGGCAAGGGGACCACAUAUCAGAAUGGCACCAGCGGAGAACGCUGGGAUGUCACUGGCCUUGAUCAACUGGCAUGGGGGAAUGUCAAACCCCAGCACACCCACCGGUAUUGGGCCCAUCUGAUUAUGGCAGUUCUUGUUAUCGUUUAUAUUUGUUUUAUCUUCUUCGAUGAACUGCGCGGUUAUAUCCGCAUGCGACAGGCUUACUUGACUUCCCCACAACACCGACUACGUGCCUCCGCAACCACCGUGCUGGUCACGGCUAUCCCGUCAGAGUGGCUCAAUAUCGAAGCUCUGGAAAAUCUCUUUGACGUCUUUCCGGGUGGAAUUCGAAACAUUUGGAUCAACCGCAAUUUUGAUGAACUUAACCACAAAGUGAAAAGGCGGACAAAGGUUGCUCUUAAGCUUGAGGCAGCCCAAACUUCCUUGAUUCGAAAGUGCAAGGAGGCCCAACUCAAGCAAUUGAAGGCGGAGGACAAGAAGAACAAAAAGAACAAAAAGGACAACAAGGACAACAAGAUCAAUGCAGAAGAUCAAGAAAAAAUGGCUACCGAUAAGCGUGCAUCUGAAAUGGCCAUGGGACCCGGUGUUAGCUCCGGCGAUCCACACCAGGCUCAUACAUUGGAGGAAGUCCUACAUCGCGAGCCAGAGGGCCAUCAACUAAAUACAUCGGAGGGUCGGAAUGGGCUAUUUAAUCCGAUAGCAGCGGCUGGGGCAGUUGGCCUGGGUGUUGGAAAGUUGGGCAAAGGCGUCUUGGGUGGUCUGAAGAAGGUGGAAGGUGGUUUCGACAACACACUGACCCGGACUGGAGGGUACGUUGAAUCCAUUGACGGUGGAUUGCCACCUCGCCGACCCACACCUCCGGGUUACUCUCCUGCCGACACCAUUGGAUCUGAACUCGCGCCGCCCACCCCCAUACCCCAAACACCAGAACCCACCCAUGGUGGCAGCACUGUGGAUCAGAACGGAAACCCGCAAUCCAAGCGGCCAUUCUGGAAAUCACGCGGCUCGUCUUACUCCAAGCAUUCUAAACAUGAUCCAGAGCCGGAUGAGCACCCUCUCACUGCACCCGAUACCCCUGCUGCUACAGGUAAAGCAGGAUUUGAAAGCGAGAAAGCAAGCUCGCACAAAGAAAAGAGCAAUGGAGAACAGUAUCCAGUCGCAUACAACGAGAAUUUCAAAGAAGAAGAUUAUGGAGAGCCUUUAUGGAAGAAAUAUAUUCAACACAAGGACCGGAAGACUUGGCGUCUUCCUUGGUUUAAAUGGAGAAAGUGGCCAACAAUUUGGCUCAUUGGCAGAAAGGUCGAUACGAUUGACUAUUGUCGAAAAGAGCUUGCCCGCCUGAAUUUGGAGAUUGAAAUCGAUCAGCAGAACCCCGAGCGAUUCCCAUUGAUGAACUCGGCAUUCAUCCAAUUCAAUCAUCAAGUCGCUGCGCACAUGGCUUGUCAGGCAGUCAGCCAUCAUCUGCCUAAGCAGAUGGCCCCUCGAAUUGUGGAAAUUUCUCCUGAUGAUGUCAUUUGGGACAAUAUGUCCAUGAAGUGGUGGGAGCGUUACCUGCGUACCUUCAGUAUUGUCACGAUUGUCUGUGCAAUGGUUGUUGGGUGGGCUUUCCCCGUUGCUUUUACCGGGUUACUAUCGCAGUUAUCCUACCUGGAAGGCGCUUUUUCAUGGCUAGCCUGGCUUGGAAAGCUACCGUCAUGGUUCAUUUCAGCCAUCCAAGGUAUUCUGCCUGCACUUUUUCUUGCUAUAUUAAUGGCACUACUUCCUGUGAUCCUUCGAUUCCUGUGUAAAAAGCAAGGCGUGCACAACGGCAUGGCAAUCGAAUUGACCGUCCAGAUGUACUAUUUCGCCUUUUUGUUCGUGCAACUGUUCUUGGUUGUUACCAUUGCAUCCAGCUUCUCGACCAUUAUUGAGAAUGCUACCAAUGUGACUAGCUGGCCGACACUUUUGGCCUCGAACAUCCCCAAAUCUAGCAACUACUUCUUCUCUUACAUGAUUCUGCAAGCUAUGUCGGUGAGUGCAGGUGCACUCGUGCAAAUCGUCAAUCUGAUCAGCUGGUUUAUCCUUGCUCCGAUUUUGGAUAAAACCGCCAGGAAGAAAUGGGCUCGCACCACCAACUUGAAUCAGAUGCAAUGGGGCACCUUCUUCCCUGUUUAUACAACUUUGGCUUCAAUUGGAUUGAUUUACAGUGUAGUUGCACCUCUCAUUCUCGUGUUCAAUGUGAUCACCUUCGGCCUCUUCUGGUUCGUUUAUCGCUACAACACGCUUUAUGUCACCAAGUUUCGCUUCGAUACUGGAGGCCUUCUAUUCCCUCGGGCCAUCUCCCAACUCUUCACUGGUCUCUAUGUCAUGGAGAUUUGUUUGAUCGGAUUGUUCUUCUUGGUACAGAACGAGGACGGGAAGGUGGCUUGCAAAGGCCAAGGCAUCAUCAUGUGUUUCGUCCUUGCUCUCACCUUUGGAUAUCAAAUGCUCCUUAGCGAUGCAUUUGGGCCUCUGCUCAGGUAUCUGCCAAUUACUCUGGAAGACGCUGCCAUUCGUCGAGAUGAAGAGUUCAAGCGUGCCCAACAUGCUCGACUUGGACUUCCUAUGGAUGAGGAGGAGGAGGAGGAACAUCAGCUUGUUGAUCAUGGUAUUGUCCAGCCUGGAGAUGAUGGACACCAGAAUGGACAGCAGGAUCAAGACAUUGAACUCAAGACCCUCGAUACAGAUCAGGCUCUCAAGCAUAAGGGAUCCAAGGAUUUACUCUCGACACCCAAGCUGGGUAGUAAAAGGCCAUCGUGGGCCUCCCGGUCAUCGAACCGGCGGUCCAAGUUUUUUGGAGUUAACUCUGCAACUUCUACUCCCACGAUGCAGUCCUUACGAGAGAAGAUGGCCCAUGAUGCUGAGAAUCAAGGGCCAUCCUCCAACAAACUGGGGCAUGCUCUCUUUGCGGGUGUUCAUGAUGAGUUGGAAGAUCUCACCCCUGAUGAGCGUGACCAAUUGGUGCAACGCGCAUUCCAACACGAGGCUCUCCGCGCUAAACGACCGGUAAUAUGGAUUCCUCGGGAUGAUCUUGGAGUGAGCGAUGACGAAAUUUACCGGACACAACGAUUCAGCAAGCAUAUUUGGAUUAGUAACGAGUAUCAAGCACUGGAUGGCAAGUGCCGGACGAUCUUCAGCCGCAGUCCACCGGAUUUCUCAGAGGUGGAUCUGAUUCAACUUUGA